UUCAUUUAGGUGGAAAUUUUGGAAUAGACUGAUCGAGUUUUAAAAGGCUUAACUGUUGUGUAGCGAUAUGGCAGCCGCUAAUGUUAAUUUAACAGCUCUUUACUCGGAUUUAGUUCGAGCUGGUGACAGUGGUGAGUUUGAUAAAGCAUUGAAAAUUGUGAACAAAAUACUGCAGGAAGAUAAAGAGGAUAAAAAAGCUUAUCAUUGCAAAGCUGUCUGCCUCAUUCACCUGAACAAGUUUGAAGAUGCUUUAAAGACUUUGGAAAAACACGUAAGUGAUUCACAAUUUGAACGAGCAUAUUGUUUAUAUAGAUUGAACAGAAUAUCGGAAGCUUACGAAGCAUUGAAAUCUGUUAAUAAUCCUAGUUGGAGAGAAAAAGAAUUACUUGCUCAAGUUUUGUAUCGAUUAGAAAAGUACGAAGAAUGUUUCGAAAUGUAUAAGGAAUUAAUAAAGAAUUCCGAAGAUGAUUUUGAAGAAGAAAGGGAAACUAAUUUAUCAGCUGUUGUGUGUUAUUUAUAUGCUGAUAAAGAAAAGGAUUUUAAGAAGGCUCCACAGUUACGAGAACAUACUUAUGAACUUUGUUAUAACAGUGCCUGCAUACUUAUCAGCCAAGGAGAAUAUAGUUUAGCUAUUGAGAAACUUAAGGCCGCCGAGGAGCUGUGUAAGAAAACCCUGGAAGAAAAUGAUGCUACGGAAGAAGAAAUUGAAGCUGAACUUGGAGUGAUUAGAGUGCAACAUGGAUAUGUCUUACAAUUGCUUAAUAAAAAUGAUAAAGCUUUAAAAAUAUACAAUCAAGUUUUAAAGAACAAGCCUUCAGAUGCAGCCGUAGCUGCUGUUGCUUCAAACAAUAUUGUAACCAUAAAUAAGGAUCAAAAUGUAUUUGAUUCAAAGAAGAAGAUUAAAACUGCCACUGCCGAUAAUUUGGAAUCAAAAUUGACGUCUAAGCAACGCCAAAUGAUAGCAAUGAACAAUAUUUUACUUCUCCUUCAUACAAAUCAGAUUGAUCAAUGCCGCCGUAGUAUUCAAGCAUUCUCUAAAAAUUUCCCAUCCAUUGCUGCUGAUGCAGCGCUUUUGUUAGCAGCUUUACACUGCAAGGAAAAGAAAGUCCAGAAAGCUGUUGAUGUAUUAAAGGAAUUUGCUGCAUCACAUCCAGAACAGUCUAUUAUACUUUCAUUUACCCUUGCACAAUUGUUGCUGGCUCAAGGUCAUGUUAGUCAAGCUUGUGAUACAUUGCGAUCUAUGGGUGAUGUAUCAUACACACCUGGAAUUAUCUCAGCUUUAGUUACACUUUAUUUAAACUUAGAGGACAAAGAUUCUGCCAUAUCCAUAUUAAAGUCUUCUAUCAGUUGGUAUAGGAAAAACAAUCCAAAAAAUUCUGCUCUAAGUAUCCUGAUUCGAGAGGCUGCUAAAUUAGAAUUGAAAAAUGGACAUCCUCAAGAAGCUGCUAAGUUGCUGGAAGAAUUAAGAAAAGAUAAUCCUGGUGAUUUAAAAACUUUGGCCCAUCUAAUUUCUGCUUAUUCACAGUUUGAUCCUGAGAAAGCUAAAGAAGUAAGUAAACAGCUGCCUCCAGUUUCCGAGAUGACUCUCAAAGUCGAUGUUGACAAUCUUGAAUCUACCAGUUGGACUAUGGGAGCAAAGUAUAUUAAGAAAGGUGGGAAGUCUGAGCCUCCAUCUGGUAAACAAGAUAGUGGCGAUGGUCUUAUACAGAAGAAAAAGAAACGCCAUAAGAAAGGAAAAUUACCUAAGAAUUAUGAUCCAUCUGUUGAUCCUGAUCCUGAGCGAUGGUUACCACGACGAGAGCGUUCUACAUAUAAAAAGAAGAAAGAUAAAAGAGGUGCUGCUAUAGGUAAAGGUACACAAGGUGCAAUGGCUGGUUCUGAAGAAGUAACAAAAUCUUCAGCAUCCAAUGUACCGUCACCUGGAGUGUCAGUUACACCUACCUCUCCCAAUGUCCAAGGACCUCGUCAAAUGAAAGGAGGCCAAAAGAAAAAGAAAAAAACACGCUGGUGAACUCUUAAACAUUAAAAAUUCUUUGUAAUGCUACAGUGAUACAAAACAAAGAGAAUAAAUAAAUCAUUAUUCUGUUACGGAAUUUGUGUCAAAGAUUAAAA